CCUCUCGCCGCCUCUGCUGCUCUUUGGCUGCGCUGCGCUGAGCAGCUGCAGCAGAGACUCACAGCCGGAGCUCAAGUUAACUCCACCGACACGGACGGUGCUGACGGUGCUGAGGACUUUACUCAUGUUUCCGUUCCUGACGGUCAUCCUGCAUCCUCUCUGCGGAGCCUCUCCCUGAACACUGCCCGCAGGAUGAACUUUAUUUCGGACGCGUCGCUCCUGCAGGUGUCCUGAGGUCCCGUCCCACCGUCGACGUCCACUGAGGGUCUUCUUCUUGUGAUCACACUCAUUUCUGCUCAAGGACGGAGGGAAGAGGACAAUGAGGGCCGGCGGGGUCUCCCCCCAAGCCCUGCUGUGGCUCAACCUGCUGGGCUUGAUCUCUGUGGCGUCGCCCCUCAACCCGGACGACCCCAACGUGUGCAGCCACUGGGAGAGCUACGCGGUGACUGUGCAGGAGUCCUACGCUCAUCCGUUUGACCAGGUCUACUACACCCGCUGCACCGACAUCCUCAACUGGUUCAAGUGCACCAGGCACAGGAUCAGCUACAAGACGGCGUACAGGCGAGGCGUGAGGACGAUGUACCGGCGACGCUCGCAGUGCUGCCCGGGCUUCUAUGAAAGUGGAAACCUGUGUGUCCCGCUGUGCACUGAAGAAUGCGCCCACGGACGCUGCGUCUCUCCGGAUACCUGCCAGUGCGAGCCCGGCUGGGGAGGACUGGACUGCUCCAGCGGCUGUGAGAGCGACUUCUGGGGUCCGCACUGCAGUAACCGCUGUCAAUGCCGUAACGGGGCCAAGUGCAACCCGAUAACCGGAGCCUGCGUCUGCACCGACGGGUACCAGGGCUGGCGCUGCGAGGAGCCCUGCGACCCGAGCUUCUACGGCAAGGACUGCCUGUUCGAGUGCCAGUGCCUCAACGGCGCCACCUGCCACCAUCAGACCGGCGAGUGCCUCUGUGCGCCCGGAUACACCGGGGCCUUCUGUGAGGAGCCGUGUCCUCCCGGUAAACAUGGCUCCCUCUGUGAGCAGAGAUGUCCCUGUCAGAACGGAGGAACGUGUCAUCACGUCACCGGAGAGUGCUCGUGUCCCGCCGGCUGGGUGGGUCCGGUGUGUGCACAGCCGUGUCCGUUCGGGUCGUUCGGCAUCAACUGCUCUCAGGAGUGCACGUGCCGUAACGGAGGCCUGUGCGACCACAUCAGCGGUCAGUGUCAGUGCACCGCCGGCUACAUCGGAGAGAGAUGCCAGGACGAAUGCCCCGUCGGCACGUACGGGCCGCAGUGCGCCCACAAGUGUGACUGUCAGAACGGGGCCAAGUGCUACCACAUCAACGGGGCCUGCCUGUGCAACGAGGGCUUUAAGGGCCCCAGCUGCCAGGACCGCUUCUGUCCCACAGGCCUAUACGGACUCAUCUGUGACAAAUACUGCCCCUGCAAAGCUGCGAACACACUCAGCUGUCACCCUCUGUCAGGUGAGUGCACCUGUGCGGCGGGGUGGGCGGGGCUUUACUGUAACGAGACCUGUCCGGCAGGUUACUACGGCGAGGGCUGCAGAGAGCUGUGCACCUGCUCCAACGGCGCUGACUGCGACGGCGUGACGGGAUCCUGUGUGUGCGCUCCGGGAUACAUCGGUGACGACUGCUCCGUCAGCUGUCCGACCGGCCUGUACGGGAUCAACUGCACCUCGUCGUGUUCCUGCCACAACGAGAUCUCGUGCUCGCACAUCGACGGCUCCUGUUUCUGCAAAGAAGGUUGGCAGGGUGUGGACUGCUCCAUCCUCUGCUCCAGCGGUACUUGGGGACUGAGCUGCAAUCAGACGUGUCAAUGUGCCAACGAGGCAGCCUGCGACCCCGUCAACGGGACCUGCACCUGCUCCCCGGGCUGGAGGGACGAGUUCUGCGACGUGCCGUGUCCGGAGGGAUCGUACGGGCUGGACUGCAGAGAGAGAUGUGACUGCGUCAACGCUGACGGCUGCGAUCCAGUGAGCGGCUUCUGCCGCUGUCUUGCAGGUUGGACAGGUAACACAGAGAACGAAGAAGUUCAGAUCGUGCAGCGCUGA